AUGAGUCAUAAUAAUAGACUUGACAUCACAAAUGACAACGAUGUGUUGUCACUUACAGAUCCCGAUGAAGGAGACUUUUUAGGUUUUGAUAAAGUUGAAGUAGACAACGCUGCUUCCGUGAUAAGAGACCAUGUCAAAUUUAAUCCUAAAGAGAAAUCUAUGAUCAAGGGUAAAAGGCCAGCCAAAGUUACUAAAAGUUUAUCACUUAAACCUAGUACUAGUAGUAGUACAAAAAAUGUUGGUUUUACUUCAACCACUUUUGGCUCAGUCGUGAAUGAAAAUUCUAAUAAUAUUAAAGGGUCUUCUGAGAGGAAAAGAAAUGAUGAGUACGAUCAAUAUGUAAAAGAUAAAAGACCUAAUAUUCGGGUAGAAAUUGACAAUGAUACACAUAAUAACAAUAUUAAUUGUUCUGAUUUUAAUAGUAAAAUGAGCAAUGCAAUGUUUAGUUCUGCUGAUGAUGAUACUUUAGUAGUAAACGAUGGUACUGAGCAGUCAAUUUUGAGGCAGUUGCCCAAAUUAAAAACUCCUGCUAGAGGGCCAUCAAUUGACCAGUCAUUGGCAAAUCUUAUUGAUACAGCUUGUACAACUCACUGUGAGACUGGAAUGAUUAUAAGCAAGUAUGAUUUACCAGAAAACUACAAAAUGUUAUCACCCCCUAUGGUAAAUCAAGAAAUUUGGGGCAAAAUUGACGCUCGUUCGAAGAUUUACGAUAAAUCAUUUAAAGAAGUUCAGCAAUUGGCAGCAACAGCUAUUGUGCCUUUAGUAAAAUUAGCGGAAUUGCUAAAACCAAGCAUAAUUAAGAAUGAGCAAUCUAAGUGCCUAUUUUCAGAUGCUAUAACCCUUAUUAGUCAAGUUCAGUAUCAUUUAUCUCUAAGAAGGCCAUUUCUAAUCAGACCUGUCCUUAAAAAGAAAUAUUCUGACUUGUGUAACAUUAAUGUACCUAUUUCUUCAAUGUUAUUUGGUGAUGAUAUGAGAGAAAUUAGAAAGUGUGAUGCUUCAACUACUGUUAUUUAA